GAACGUGCAUGGUUUCCCCAAGAGUGCAAGUUUCGUGAACCCCAAGAUGAGCUCCCCCACACAUCCCCAGCCCAUGUUUGGGGCCCGACUCGUGUACCUGAACAUGUCCUCCAACGAACCUCUGGUUGAAGCUCCACGUCCUUUUCCCAUGUUUUCGUGUUGUACUGAAGGAAACAAUCCUUGGUGUAAGAAUAAUAGAUGGUGUUGCUUUGUUCGGACGCUACAAAUUUGCCUCGUCCUGCUUUUAGUUUAUUGUUUGUACUCCACUUUGCGGGCUGAAGAGACGCGCCGAGCCCCUGACUCGAGUGACAGUCCCAGGAUGCUGUGGAACGCCAGAAAGCCUCUAGGGGGAAAUCUAGAUUACGAUACGAAAGCUUUUAGUGUUAAUGUAAAUGUUAAUGUUGUCGACAACGCGACUUUGCCGUCAUUUAAAUCACUAAGAUCAAAAGUUUUAAUGGCCCCCAAACAGUUUUGUGCGGGGGAUCAGGUAGACAUCGUUAUUUUAGUUCAUUCAAGACCAAGUAAUAUUGGAUCUCGAAAAUCCAUCCGGAAAACAUGGGGAGGAAUACGAAAAUUACCCGACGGAAGAUCUUUGUCUCUAAUAUUUGUGAUGGGCCUUUCAUUUCCUUAUGAAAGUUAUGAUUACGCGAUGAAAAACAGUAGAAUAAUAGAUGAAAUGACGCGCCACGAAGCAGUGCAAUACCAAGACGUGCUCCUGGGUGACUUUCAUGACAUUUAUCAUCACUUGAGCAUCAAGCACGAGCUCGGCUUGCGGUGGCUGACUCAACAUUGCCCAAGAACUUCGUUGAUUUUCAAAGCUGAUGACGAUGCGUUUGUUGACGUUUACGGUCUAUUCAGCUUCCUUGACCGGACUUUGGAGACUCCUCAUCCAACCUCGAUGAUAGCCUGUGAUGUGAUACCGGCCGGAACUGAACCUAAACGCGCCGGGAAAUGGGCUGUUAGUGUUCUCGAGUAUCCAAAAGCCCAAUAUCCUCAGUACUGCAGUGGGCUUGCGUACGUCAUGUCCAUGGAUGUGGCCAAGGCAAUCAUCCAGAAGGCGGCUGCAAGGCCUUGGUUGUGGGUGGACGAUGUUUGGGUAACAGGUUUACUAGUUGAAGAUAUGGAAAUACGCUACAUCUUAUUAAAUGCUCGUUACUGUUAUGACCUCGAGCCUUUACAGUCUUGGCUUGCAGCUACGAACGCUUCUUCAUCAGUUCCAUGCACAGUUGCACAUUUAGAUGCGAGAAAUUCUAGCUACUCUGAUAUUCUCAAUGAGAUCUGGCAACAUGUUCAGGCAGUCAGAUGAUGAUUAAUUUGUAAUUAUUUUAUUCUUAUGUAAUUUCAGUUAACCUAUUGAAUUUGAUAACAAUUUUCAUCAUACAGCCCUCAAGGCUUGGUAAUUAACUGUCUUAAUAGGUUUUUCAAACAUCCCACUGGGUUUUUCAAAUAUCCCAUUUGGCUUUUCAAGCGUCCCAUUGGGUUUUUCAGGCAUCUCAUUGAGUUUUUAAAACAUCCCAUUGGGUUUUUUAAACGUGCCAUUGGGUUUUUUCAGGCGUCUCAUUGGGUUUUUAAAACGUCCCAUUGGGUUUUUCAAGCAUCUCAUUGUGUUUUUAAAACAUCCCAUUUGGUUUUUAAAACGUCCCAGACAGGUUUUGCCUGCCUUUGUCUGUUGUUGCUCAUUUAUCUAUAAUGUAGUUCUCACCAAACGUAUUUUAAUCGUGAGCAAUACCGUCGUCAAAUUACUAUUGAAUGUAUGAGAGUAACUUACAUACGUUCAUCAUUGAAUUAAGAUUCUUACUCAAAGUUCGCAUUGCAGGGUACGGUAUUGUUGGAUUACCUUGCAAGGAUUUCUCUGAUUGAAC